UAUCAUAUAUGCUAAAUGUUGAUUAAAUAAAGUUACUAAUUAUUUUGGAGAAAUGCAGUGACAUUUUUGGACAAACAAGUUCUUCUCUGACUGUCAGCAUUGGAAGUUUUCUGUCAUUAUUUACUGAACAUUGACUCAGUGGUAGACAUGAUUCAUUUUAUACCUUUCGAAGAAUACCUAUUCAAUUAUUGCAAUUUCGCUAUUACUCGCAACUGCCGCUGUCCUCAAAUAUCUAAAAAUCUCAUCAGGGAAUUCUGCCAAGUCGAUGCCGUGAUGCAAAACAGUCCUCUGAACAACGAACAAGUUGACGAACUUAUGUUGAGACGCUAAAGUGAAGGAAAUAAGCAAAAAUCUUCAUAUCCAUCAGAGAGUGUUAUAAAGAUAGAAUGUUAUCAAGAAGUAAAGGUAAAGAUUCUUAUAAUAGUCAAUCUGCAUCUCAGAACAAUUGUUAAGUCAAUUCAGUGGAAUAGAAACAUAUCUGGUUUGUUUGACUUGUCGAAUAAUUUUGAAUGCGCGUUUCGGAAUGGCAUAGUAAAUCAAUUCAGUGGAACUCUCUAAAUCUAAAUCAGCGAUAAGUAUGACACUAUUCUAAUUAGAGUAUAUGCGCUGUGAAUAAGUGAAAUUUCACUAAAUAAUCAGUGACGUUUCACUGAUUAAUUAGCGCAUAUGUGACCGCGUCUGAGAAAAGGAACCUUAUGACCAAAAAAAUCGAUUUUUAGAUUUAGACGGUUUCUUACAUUUUAAUGUCCUUAAAAUUUAAUGCAAUAAAUUAGUCUCGGGUUAACAAAUUUUUUUUUGCAAUUGUUUAAACAAAUUUAAUAAAAAAAAUUUUUUUCACUUCAAAAUAAUUUUUCAAUAAAAAUAUAUUUUUUUAUGACGAAAAUGACUAUAGAUAUAUUUGCUUAAAAUCAGUAAUUUGGAUGAAAAACUUUAAAUUAAUUUUACUCGAAAAGUUGAGUUUGGUUGUAAGGUCCCUUUUCUCAGACGCUAUACUUUCUCAUUCUUCUGAAACGCGCCUUUCAUAUUUUUGUAAAGUCAAUUCAGUUCUCAUGAAAUAGAGCUCCGAGGCAAAUUCACCUAUUAAGAAAAAUACAACUUUUGAAUUAUUUUCAAUUCUCCGCUUCUUACCGGGUAACGAAACACUUCAUUAUAAUUUUUAAAGAAAUCGUAGGAUUUACUCCAACCGAAAAUUGUUACAAAAGAUUAGUAAAGUAUCUUAAAGAGAAAUUUAAGUAAUGGGAUAGGAACUAAUUCACAAUUCCCGUCAAGUUUUCGAAGUGUCUUCUUUUUAAAAUAACAGUCAAUAGUUUAUAAGUAGGAAUAUAGUGAAAUAGAAAAAAGUGUAUAAAACAAAACAUUCGAAAAUUUUUACAAAAUGAAUCUGAUCAGUAAGGCAUUAUGCCUCAUUAUCAUUUUGAUGGAAAUACUGGAAUCAUCUACGAUUGGAAAUCACUAUAACAGAUUAGUAAAGUAUCUAAAGAAAGAGUCAAAACUGCACCAUGUAGUAUUCCUCUUUGAUAAUGAAAGAAACAACACAGACGAUUCAGUAAGUCUUCUUGUCAAGUCAAUCAAUAGAAACUUUCCAUCUUCAAGUAUCGAAUACAGUAAGAGGAGAAAUAAACAGUUUAGGGUUUAUCUAAAAUCUCUUAGACGUUCAAGAAAGACGGCACUAUUUGUAUUCGUAAAAGAUAGUGUAAAUGUAUCUACUGAAAUGUAUGGAGGAUUUCUUUUACCAAUUAGAGGAUUAUCGCAAUCUCUACCCAUGCCGAAAUGUUUAAUCGUACAUUCUCAUGUGUUACCUGACGUUAAUCUGAACAAAACAUUAUAUUAUCUAUGGAAAAGAGAUUAUUUGGACGUUACGAUUUUGGUCUAUCAUGAAGAAGAGUCCAAGUCACUGAAAGAGAAAAGCGACAAGCAAUCUUUUCUGCAUCGUUUGAAUCCGUUUACAAAAAAGUACACUGCCCUUCAGAUAUCAACUACAAGUCAAUGGUUUCCAAACAAACUUAAGAAUUUACGUGGAUACCCUUUAAAAUUCUUGAUAUCAGACGGAAAUAAAUCGGUGUCAACUAAAUUCAGCACAGGAAAGAAAUUUGCUGAAAUUUUAUCACACCACAUGAAUUUUAGACCUUGCAUUCAUAAAGCUAUUCCACAUCAAAAAGUGUCUACUCAAACACUUUUGAAUAAAAAGAAAGCUGAAAUGUUUUUGAACACAAUUUUGUUUAUUGAACAUUUACAAAUAAAUAUUUUAGAAUUGGGUUAUAUAAUGGAGUCUGAUGCAAGAGCUGUAAUUCCGAGAAUUACAAAAUCUUCGAAAGUAAUUGUUCUUUCACAAGAGUUCCUGUACAUGCUUCUGGGAACUAUUGGUACGAUUUGCGUACUUAAAUUGACUGCGAUUAUGAUGCGAUUCAACAAAAGAACAUGGACAGCAUCGAACAUCAGUCAAAUGAUAAUGGGACUGUCCGUUAUCGAGGAACCAGUUGAACCGACGGAGAGAAUAGUGUUUGGAACUGUAUUACUCGCUUGCCUCGUGUACACAGGCUACUUUUUUUCUGCCAUCUUGGACCUCUCACUGCAAUCCUCACCAGAGAUAGAAACUCUUGCAGAACUCGCUACAUCGUCUUUGACACAUGUAAUCAACAGUCCGACUUUAUAUACUUCAAUGACAUUAAGUUCUAACCUUCUUAUCAGAAAAUUAGCACAAAAUUCUACUGUAGUUCCAGCUAUCAAAUCAAAUUUGGGAUGUCUUCUAUAUUUGAAUGAUUAUCAAAAUGUGUCCUGCAUUAGCGGUGGAGUAAUAGCACACGUUAAUCACAUAAAGGAGUUAAAAGGAGAAUUUAAUGGAAAGAUGUUGUCAGAACCAGUUGCUCAUGUGACCGAAGGAUUUGUUUCAAGAGAUAACUCUCCGUUCACUGAUCGCUUUAGGGAGAUUAUUGUGAAAGCAUCAGAACAUGGUUUUAUUGCAAAACUCUUCAAAACUGUCAAACUAGAGCAUCAGAUUGUGGAGUUACCACAGGAAAUCGAGAAAGAAAAGUUAUUGCUGAUCUCCUUGUACGUACUUUCGAUUGGAUUUUCACUGUCGAUUCUUGCAUUUCUAUUUGAAAUUUUCGCAAGUAUUAUUGGUGAAAGAAUGUUUGCUUUUUUAAGGAGUUUAAUAUAAACCCAGUGGGUACACUUGUUCAAAAGACGUCCUUAAAAAUAUUCUACGUCUUUGCCAUUAGAUUUCUUUAAGACGUCUUCUUGUUUUAAACUUUGAAAGUAGAAAAAUUUCCAUAAAUAGAAAAUAUUAUUUUUCAAGGUCAAUUUGGAUUUGGAAACUACUGAAGAUAAAAGUUAUGGGAAUUUUUCUAAGUUAACGGCUGAGGUGUUUAAGACGCAAUGCUUCAAGGGAAAUUUAUCAGAGUUCCAUUCCAGCUUCGUAGAAUUGUUUUAUUAUUUCUGUAUAAUAUAUAAAAAUAUAAAAUGAAACUCAAAAUAAAUUGAAUAAGUAUUACUGGGUUUCAACUAAGAAAAUAUUGUGAAAGAAAUGUCUAUUUAAAAAGAUCUGAGACUUGGAAAAGACGUCUUUCGGACGUCCUUUUUUGGACCAGACAGAGAAUAUCUUAUUUACAUAUUUUAGUUGUCUUUAUGGUGUCCGUGGGCAAAAAUAGACGUCUUAAACACGCUUUUAAUGCGUCCGUCUAUUAUAUUGUCAACUACUAUUAUUGCAGUCUUAUUUUUAUAUUAAUUUAACAAUACAGGUAAUGUUGCAGUAAUAUUACCACGUAAUACUUUUCUGAAUUGUUAUGUAUCAUGAUACCUAGGUUGUAGAAAAUAAGUUUUUGGUAAUACUGCUUGUGAGAAUCAAAAUAUUUGUAAAAAUUCAGUUUUGAAAUACAGCUAAAAUACCGUAGCUGGAUUAUUUUUAGACACUUUGAACCUAAAUGGUAGUAAUUCACUCAAAAAUGACCAAAGAAAAAAAUUCUACUAUAAGAAUGUUUAUCAAAUUGUAUAUACUAUAUACUAUACAUCAAUCGAUUCGUUUU